CGACCCACAUUACCUAAGCAGUCUUACUCAGGGUAACACAGUAAAAACCUUUACGUUAAACUCGUACAAUCAAAUUAUUCGGUCAACAUGGCUGACAAGAAAGACCUUUUGUUGCUCUUCGACCGUCCCAAAGAACCCGUUUUCAUGCCAAAAGGCGACGGGAAAAAAGUGUUUAGUGUUCCAGUCGAGUAUCUGAACGACAAAUACAAACCUAUCGGUGCCCAAGUCACGAACCGUUUCGGAGAUCAAGCCUCAGAACAAAUUCCAGUUAGCAAAAUAUCCAUUCCAUCUUUAGGCGAAAUUCUGGAACUGGCACGGGACGAAAACUUCAGUCUUUUCAUUCCGAAACACCGACGAAUUGCCGGAAGACUGAUCGAUAUCUUUUUGGGAGUACGAAAUGUCCAGGACUUAAUUGCAGUUGCUGUUUACGCAAGAGAUCGGGUAAACCCUUAUUUGUUCAAUUACUGUUUAUCCGUUGCCAUUCUUCAUAGAUCCGACACGCAAGACUUGGACGUUCCAUCAAUUAUCCGUACUUUCCCGGAUAAGUAUGUGGACAGUAAAGUUUUUGGGGAAGCUCGAGAAGAUGCGAACGUUGUACCAGAAGGAGCCCGGACCCCUAUAGAAAUUCCGAAAGAUUAUACAGCUUCCGACUUGGAAGAAGAACAUCGUUUAGCGUACUUCAGGGAAGACAUCGGGCUGAAUCUUCAUCACUGGCAUUGGCAUCUGGUCUACCCAUUCGAAGCUGCACUAAGCGUGGUAAAUAAGAACAGGAGAGGUGAAUUAUUCUAUUACAUGCACCAGCAAAUCAUCGCUCGAUAUAAUUUUGAACGAUUAUGCAACAAGAUGAAGCGAACAGAGCGUUUUAUUGACUGGGACUCUCCGAUUCAAGAAGCCUAUUUUCCCAAAUUGGACAGUUUAGUAUCUAGCAGAGCCUGGCCAGCACGAGUAGAAAACCAGAGACUAAAAAAUCUGCGCAGAGAAGUCGAUAGUGUGAUCAUUGAUUUAGACGACUUGAAGAGAUGGAGAGACAGAAUUUUCGCCGCCAUACAUUCCGGUUCAGUGACAGACAGAAAUGGACGUACUGUACAACUUAACGAAACUGAAGGCAUCGAUAUUUUAGGAAACAUGGUCGAGGCAAGUAUCUUGUCACCAAACAGAGACUUCUAUGGAGACUUACAUAACAUGGGCCACGUAUUUUUGUCGUAUAUUCACGAUCCCGACCAUAGACAUCUAGAAUCUUUUGGAGUUAUUGGAGAUUCCGCUACUGCCAUGAGAGAUCCAAUCUUCUACCGCUGGCAUGCUUUCAUCGACGAUCUGUUUCAAGAAUUCAAAACCUCUCUACCCAGAUACACCGUCAACCAACUCAACAAUCCAGGAGUAACAAUACAAGGAAUUCAAGUAGACGUACAAGGUGGAAAGCCCAACGUGCUGCCGACAUUCUGGCAACAAUCUGAUGUCGAUCUGUCGAGAGGUAUGGACUUCCAGCCUCGUGGUGCUGUCUUCGUUCGAUUCACCCAUCUUCAACACAGACCCUUCACCUACAAAAUCCAGGUCCAGAGUAACUCAGCUCGUGAAGGAACUUGCAGGAUAUUUUUGGCACCAAAGGUUGAUGAGCGUGGAAACCCAUGGUUGUUCAGAGACCAAAGACUGAUGUUCAUCGAAUUGGAUAAAUUCAAGGUAAAUUUAAAGCAAGGUCAGAACACUAUUACUAGAAAUUCUAGCGAUUCGUCUGUAACCAUUCCAUUUGAGAGAACAUACAGAGAUUUGGACACCUCCAGACCACAAGGAGGUGAUGAAUUAGCACGCUUUAACUUCUGCGGCUGCGGAUGGCCUGAUAACCUCCUUAUUCCUAAAGGAAGCCCUGAAGGUUUUUCAUGUCAAUUAUUCGUAAUGAUAUCGAAUAUAGCUGAUGACAAAGUGGAUCAAGAUGUUACUGGAGAGUGCAAUGAUUCUUAUUCAUAUUGUGGACUUAAGGACAAACUGUAUCCUGAUCGCCGUUCAAUGGGAUAUCCUUUCGACAGAAUGCCUAGGAAUGGAGUUGACACGCUACAACAAUUCCUAACACCUAACAUGAGGGUCCAAGAUGUUACAGUCAAAUUCGAAAACAAAACAUUCAAGCCUAAGGAAAAUUAAUUAAUCAUUUACUAUAGAGACAAAUAUUGUACAGGGCGUGAAAUAUGGAAUUGCUACAGGACUAUUACAUUACAUUUUUUUUAUAAUUAAUCCUUUAAAAAUAUUAAAAUACUGUUUCUUCUUUUAUGUUGUUAUUUGGUUACUGCUUGGAUACAUUAGAAUAAUUCAAUAAAAUAAUACUAUAUA